AUAGCCAAUCUUUGAGGUGAACCGACUCAACUCGUCGUGUCAGUCAUAAUUAUUGAAGUGUUUGAAAAUUCCUUAAAACCUCAAACAAAAGUUGUUCGGAGUGAAAUAAAAAAUUGUAGAAUACCGAAUGGUUCCAUAUUAUCAUGAAACAUACUCUGGUACUUGUGCUCAGCUGGACAAUUAUUUCUUACACUUCUUGCGAUGAAAUCGACAGUCUCACCUUUCCGGAUGGUUUUCUUUUCGGCGUUGCAACUUCAUCUUAUCAAACUGAAGGAGCCUGGAACGAGAGCGACAAAGGAAUAAGCAUGUUUGACUCUUGGUCGCAUACCUGUCCAGACUGCAUAAGAGACAGAAGUCACGGAGAUAUUGCUUGCGAUUCUUACCAUAAAUACAAAGAAGACAUCACGUUGACCAAACAGUUUGGAUUCAACUAUUAUCGCUUCUCAAUCAGCUGGGCGAGAAUUCUCCCAGCUGGAUUCACACACUAUGUAAACGAAGAGGGUAUUCAGCACUACAAAGAUAUUAUCAAGUAUUUACGGAAAAACAGUAUCGAGCCUAUGGUCACCAUCUACCAUUACGACCAUCCGCAAAUACUUGAAGACAUGGGUGGAUGGACCAACGAGUUGAUGGUAGAAUGGUAUGCCGACUAUGCAAGAAUCAUUUUUCAGGAAUUUGGUCCGAUGGUCAAGAUUUUCACAACUGUAAAUGAACCACAAGAGAUGUGUGCAGGCUAUAAGAAUAACGGAACAGCCCCUGGUAAGCUGUUGCCGCACAAUAUCGGAUAUUACUUGUGCAUCCACAAUCUUCUGAAGGCCCAUGCUACGGCCUAUCAUAUAUACGAUGAGGAGUUCCGAGCAUCCCAAAACGGUAUAAUUAGCAUUAACAAUCCUUGCAGCGGGCAGGUUUUAGAUGACUCGAAUGACACGAUUGCUGCUGACACAGCAUUUCAAUUUUACUGUGGAAUGGUGGGACAUCCUAUCUACAUUGGUGAUUAUCCACCAAUUGUAAAAAAACGGGUAGCCCUGGUUAGCAAGUACCAAGGUUAUCACAAAUCUCGUCUCCCCAGGUUCUCUCCCGAAUGGAUAUCGUACAUAAAAGGAACAGCUGAUUACUUCGCUCUUAAUCAAUACACUUCCGAAAUAGUUCAUUCUGAUCCAGACGAAGCUCGUGGAAUAUACAAGAGCGACUCUGGCAUAAUAAAUAUGAGAAAAUCUACCUGGCACAAUUCAUCUAUUUAUUGGUUGAAGUCAGUGCCCGAGGGUUUUGGAAAUUUACUGCGGAAGAUCAAGGAUGAAUACAACAAUCCUAUAGUAUACGUAACAGAAAAUGGAUUUCCUGACCAUGGCGAACUGAACGACCUAGAUCGAAUAAACUACUUUCGUUCGUACUUGGAAGAAUUAAUUAUCGCUGUCAAACGUGACGAUUGUCGUAUUUUAAGUUACACGAUUUGGAGUCUCUUGGAUAAUUGGGAAUUCGGCUAUGGUUACACUACUCCGUUUGGGAUCGUCAAGGUCAACUUCAACAGUACCAGCAGGGAGAGAACACCCAAGUUAUCAGCGUACUGGUGGACAGAAGUUAUUCGAACUCAUCGCCUUCAAGAUGUUCCUAAAAUAAACGAUACAUUAGCGAAGAUUGAAAGUGUUUGGAAGAGUAAUCACAGAUAAUGACGACGUUCCAAAUGACAUUGAAAUCAUACACAUCCAUAUGCAGUAUCGAAGUUACAAAAUUACAAGAUCACUCGGAUCUUAUUUCUGUAAUUACUGGAUUUACAAUUACAAAAAGUCAGACAAAAUAUGCUUCACAGAGUUAAAGUUGGAAACUCAUUUAGUAUAAGCAUGAAUUGAUUAUUUUGGAUUGAUCAGAACAAAGAGUAACGUGUAAAAAUAAAACAAACACACCACAGUA